CUUUGUCUGAUACCCUUGUCGUCGUCUUCGUCAGAGUCUGAAACAAUUAUAACAGAAACCCUAAUCCCCAAAUUAAUCGAUCAUGGGGAGGCCGCCGUGCUGCGACAAAAUGGGAGUGAAGAAAGGCCCAUGGACUCCCGAAGAAGACAUCAUGCUCGUCUCCUACGUCCAGGAGAACGGCGCCGGAAACUGGAGAUCCGUUCCCGCCAACACAGGCCUCAAGAGAUGCAGCAAAAGCUGCAGACUGAGAUGGACUAAUUACCUCAGGCCUGGAAUUAAAAGAGGAACCUUCACUGAUCACGAAGAGCGUAUGAUUGUUCAGCUCCAAGCUCUCCUCGGCAACAAGUGGGCGGCCAUAGCUUCGUACCUUCCAGAGAGAACAGACAACGACAUAAAAAACCACUGGAACACGCACUUGAAGAAGAAGCUCGACCGGAUCCAUCCCGGGUCGGGCCACGCCGACCGGGCAGGGCCGCCCUGCCCGAUCUCCCGCGGGCAGUGGGAGCGGCGCCUGCAGACCGACGACAUCCACACCGCCAAGCAAGCUCUCCAGAAUGCUCUCUCCCUCGACGACACCGCCUCCGCCUCCGCCGCCGCCGGAAACCCUAAUUUUGACGUUGCGAUCUCGAAUCCGCCGGAGAGGACGCCGUACGCGUCGAGCACAGAGAAUAUUGCCAGGCUGCUAAAAGACUGGGCGAAGAUGAAGAAGACGACGACGACGACGAUAGUGAAGAACGAGUACUGCCCCGACUCGAACCUGCAAUAUUCGAGCUGCAGCGCCGACGAGAUUGCUUCUCCGGGGAUGGAUUUGGAGAGCGCUGCGGCGGAGGCGGUGGCGGAGGCCGCCAUGGCUGGGGGAUUUGAGAAUUUUGAGUACUCUUCAAUGUCGGACGAGUUCUCCGGAUCCGGGUCGCCCAAACCCGACCCGAAUGCCGUUGUGGACCUUGAGAAUUGGCUGCUGGAUGACCUAGGGAUCCACGGUUUGUUCAGCGACUGAAUAAUUAAAUUUGUAUUAUUAUUAUUAUUAUUAUUAUUAUUAUUAUUAAGAUUUA